AUGACCAUCGCUGUCACCUCCAUCCCCGCCAGCAAAUACGAAACCCACUACGACCCCAAGAAGGUCCUUACCCAUCCAGACUUCAAGAUCCUCGAAGAAGGGGCGCCGGAAUUGGACAGCAAAGAGGAGAAUAUAGCGUGUACUUAUAAUCCACAGCAUGAGGUGAAGAUGGUGAGGAAGGGCAAGGUGGAGCCGGGGAAGGGGGAGGUGACGGUGCAUGUGAAGGCGACGGGGAUCUGUGGAUCCGACGUCCACUUCUGGCGACACGGCGCCAUCGGCCCCACCAUGAUCGUCUCUGACACUUGCGGCGCCGGCCACGAGUCUGCCGGUAUCAUCACCAAGAUCGGCCCCGGCGUCACCCAAUGGUCUGUCGGCGAUCGUGUUGCCAUCGAAGCUGGUGUCCCCUGUGGCUUGGCUGAUUGUGGACCUUGCUUGACUGGGCGGUACAACGCUUGUCCCUCGGUGGUAUUCUUCUCUACCCCACCAUACCACGGCACCCUCACCCGAUUCCACAACCACCCCGCCGCAUGGCUCCACUCCCUGCCCGACAACCUCUCAUACGAAGAAGGCUCUCUCUGCGAGCCCCUCGCCGUUGCCCUCGCAGGACUUGAGCGGGCUGGCGUCCGUCUCGGCGACCCCAUCGUCAUCUGCGGUGCAGGCCCCAUAGGUCUCGUAACCCUCCUCUCCGCCCACGCGGCAGGCUGCGCCCCAAUCCUCAUAACCGACCUCGUCCCCUCCCGCCUCGCUUUCGCCCAAUCGCUCGUUCCUUCCGUCAUUCCCGUCUUGAUCGACAGGCAAGACACGCCUGAACAAGUUGCGAGCAACAUUAAGGAGAAGGCCGGUGUGGAGCUUGGGCUGGCGGUGGAUUGUACCGGGUUCGAGAGUAGUAUCAGGGCGGGGAUUUAUAGUGUCAAGUUUGGUGGAAAAGUCUUCGUAAUCGGCGUCGGUCCUUCCGAACAAAGCUACCCAUUCGGCUACUGCGCCGCCAACGAAAUCGACCUCCAAUUCCAAUACCGCUACGCCAACCAAUACCCCAAAGCCAUCCGCCUCGUCUCUUCCGGCCUGAUUAACCUUAAGCCGUUGGUGACACACAGGUUCCAGCUGAAUGAUGCUUGCAAGGCGUUUGGGGUGGCGGGGGAUCCGAAGGCGGGGGCUGUUAAGGUGCAGGUGCAUGAUUAG